AUGAAGUCGCGGCUUUCGGUGUACUGGUUGUUUAUAAUUUUUUUAACUUUGUCACUUUCGACGAGCAGAGGUCAUGAAAUUCUUGCUAAAUUCACGCGGGAUUACUUUAGAAAUUUGUAUAUUAACCAGAUUGUUGUUUUUGGAUGCUGGGAUAAGUAUGACAGUUUAAAAUUCAGCAAAUCGAUAAUUAUGGAUCCAGAGAUAAAAUUAAUUUACGAAAGUAUAGAUGACAACAUUGAUUUGGAUAAAUUAUUGCAUGUAGAUUAUUGGAAGUUAGGAAUUGUUUUAGAUUUGGAUUGUCAACGCAGUAAAAUUAUUUUUGACCAGUUUACGGAACAACAUUUACGACAUAACGAGUCUUAUUUUUGGUUGAUGCCGACGACCGGUGAAAAAAUACCAGAUUACUUUUACAACCUUCCAUUAACGAUUGCUAAUGAAAUGACGCUAGCAAUACGCAGAAAUGAUAAUUUACAUAAUGAAAAUAAUACAGAUAACAAUAAUAAAAGAAUAUACGAACUUUAUGACGUGUACAAUCCCAGUUAUCGCCAUGGUGGGAAGCUUAAUAUCACUUACAUGGGUCAUUGGAGUUUGAAUGAUCGCAAUGAAGGAAUUUUGAAAAUUCUUUUGACGCAAUACAAGUAUAAAAGACGUGGAGAUCUUCAGGGACUUGUACUAAAUGCGUCAAUAGUCAUUGAUUUUCCAGCGGUACCUGAUUAUGAUACAUACAUCCAUAACCCAAUAAAUCCUCAUUUGGACACAAUGCAUCGUUAUAAUUACGCUCUGACACUUCAAAUGCGCGAUUAUUACAAUUUCACAAUGAAUCUUCAGAGAGGUAAAACCUGGGGUUAUUUGGUGAACGGAUCGUUCAAUGGAAUAAUUGGAGACAUGUUAAAAGGCUUGGUAGAUUUUGGAGCGACUCCUUUUCAGUACAAGCCCGAAAGAUUGGACGCGAUUGAAUACACCGUCCAGACAUGGGUAGCAAGACCUUGCUUCAUUUUCAGACACCCUUCGACUAACGACCUGAGCAACCCUUUUUUGAAGCCCUUUGAGAACCAAGUUUGGUACUACAUUGCUCUUUUUGGCGCAGUUAACUGGAUCUUUUUGUACACUUCCGUGAAACUUGAGCACUGGUUGGUCAUGAAGAAACCUCAAAUGACUCUGGAUACCUACCCGGCUUCUGAAAUUUUGAUGAUUGUCACGUCAGCUAUGGCUCAACAAGGAUUGAGCGACGGCCCACGAUUUUACGCGGGGCGAAUAGUUUUCAUAUUCCUCUUCAUGUGGGGUUUUCUUCUCUACCAAUUUUACUCCGCAAGUAUUGUAGGCUCCUUGUUGGCCAAAAAACCGAGAUGGAUUAACACCCUUCAGGACCUUGCUGACAGCACUUUGGAAGUCGGUAUCGAAGAUAUUGCCUAUAAUUACGACUUUUUUGCAACGACCACAGAUCCUGUAGCUCUGCAAUUGUACCGUGAUAAAGUUGCGGUUAACAAAAAACGAAAAAGAGAACCUUAUUAUUCAAUUGAGGACGGUCUCAAAUUGAUGCAAAAAGGAGGGUUUGCUUUUCAUGUCGAUGUUGCAACUGCAUAUAAAAUAAUAGAAGAAACAUUCAAUACUGGUGAAAUAUGUGACUUAGUUGAAAUCCAAUUAUUUCCUCCAAAACACACGGCGACAGCAACGGCGAGAUUUUCGCCUUUCAAAAAAAUGGUUACUUAUGGAAUGAGGCAAAUAGUUGAGCACGGAAUGGCUCGUAGAUUGAGAAACGUUUGGAUGCACCGAAAACCAGAGUGUCCAGAAAGUCACAAAAGUGAUCCAGCUCCUGUGAUGAUUCCAGAAUUCAGUCCCGCGUUAUUUCUUCUGGCGUUUGGAUUCUUUGUGGCAUUUUGUUUUGUUAUAGGCGAGAAGAUAGUCAUGAGGCAUGAAAAAAUUAGUAACAUCAACGACGAUGAUAAUGAUGAUUCAGUAUCGGAUCAGAAAACAAGCUCGACAAAUUCAGCGAUUAGCCAAAAACAGGAAGAAUUAAAUUCAGAUAAAAUUGAUAUUUAGUUUAACAAGUUUUAUAUUUUCAAGAUAAAUAUAUUUUUAGUAAAGCAUC